AUCUUUUUCAACGUAUACAAUUUCAUGGUAUUGUUAUUAAUCGUACAAAAAAUGAUUUGUUACCAUUUGAUGCUUGUUGUCCAUCAAUACAAACUGAAUUAUCAUCACGUAUAUGUUCAAUCUGUAAACAAUAUAUUCCAAUAGCUGUACGUUUACGUAAUCAUUAUCAAAUUCAUCAACAAUAUGCAUUGGAUUAUGAUAAAAAUAAUAAAGAAGAAAUUAUUGAUGAUCAUGAUUUAAAUGAUCCAUAUGAUAUACCAAUACAAUCAAUAAAUUCAAAAGAAGGUGGUGUACAUUUAUUUAAAGAUAUGACUGAAUGGUUAAGAUCAGAUUUUGAAGAUGAUCCUAUUAUUGAUGUAAAAACGAAAUCAAUAGCAGCAACAGCAGCAGCUAAUAUUCGUAAAGAUAAACAAAUAACUGCAAUAGCAACAAGUCAACAACAAGAAUCAAUGACAAUGACUCAAACUGUUACAGAAGAAGUCAAUGAAGAAAUUAUAGAAAUAUCUACUGUUAGACAAGCAAGAACUACAACUGAAAUUUCCAAUGUAAAUGAAAGUCAGACACAAAGUAGUGCUAUAUUAGAUGCUUUAGAACAAUUGGCAAUGAUUGAUGAUGGUACUAGUUCGAUUGGUGAUACACCAAGUCAAAUAAGUUGGGAUGAUCUUGAUGAUCUGAUUGACAAUAUGUAA